CCCGGAUGUUUAACCGUAGUUUACAUGCAUUUGUUUGCCAAAGGACGAAAGAUGACAGAAGUCAAGACUUCGAAAAACUGGCGUUCUGGCCUCAGUGUUGCUGAUUGUAACAGAUACAUGCUUGAAAACGAGAUCCAUUGUGACGUAUUAUUUAGAGUGGGAAAAGAAGAAAAGCUUGUACGCGCUCAUAAGUAUGUUCUAGCGAGCAGAAGUCCCGUGUUUGACGCCAUGUUUUAUGGUGACCUGGCGGAAGCUAAGGAAAUUAAAAUUCCUGACAUUGAACCACCUUCGUUUGAUGUUCUUCUCAGAUUUGUGUAUUGUGGCGAAGUAGAGGUAAAUAAAGAAACUGCCAUCGGAGCGCUCUACGCUGCUGAGAAAUACGAUAUUGAGGCGUUGAAAAAAGCGACGAUAUCAUACUUAAAAAGUAACAUAACAACGGAGACUGUUUGUACAUUUUUGGAAAAUGCCAAGUUAUUUCACUUAGAACGUCUGACUAAAAAAUGUAUAGAAUUUAUAAAUGAAAAGUGCUCAAUCAUUUUACAAUUACCGAUUUCCUUACAGAUAAGUAAGGACACCUUAAUGGAAAUUUUAUCCUCAGACAACCUAGAUAUUGAGGAGUUGAAAGUUUAUCAUUUUCUGAUAAGUUGGGGUGAAGGCCAGUGUGAGCUCAAAGGUUAUGAGAGGUCGGAUGAAAAUAUCAGAAAUCAGAUAGGAGAUGCCUUGUAUCAAGUCCGUUUCCAGUUCAUGGAUCUAGAUACAUUUGUUAAAAACGUUUGCAGACGCAACAUACUUACUUCGAAAGACAAAUUAAUUUUGCAGCAAGUGAUUGUUGGGAACCUGGAGAAAGAAAGCACCAAAUUCAAUCUCGGAAAGCGAAAACCUGCAUUGAAGACCUACAAUGUUAUACGUAGAAGUAGCCCCCUUAAAGGUUCGUAUUCCGAAUAUACAGGACGUCGUCAGGAUCGUCAGACAUUCUCUCCAUGGGGAUUUCACGUGAAGAAGGCUUCCUGGCCCUGAUACAUAUAAAAUUGAACAUUGAUUAAAUUUGAUUAGAAUAGUAAAUAUACCUUCACAGAAUGAAACACAAGGGAUAUCCAGUUCAAUAUUGUAUUACAAUAAUCUAUACUUUAAACUCCCAACAACAAAUAUAAGCUGGGCGUGACGCUUUAGGGAUCAUCAACCUGGAAAGGAACAUUUUAUAAACAAUUUAUUUCUGAACAAGGUUUUCAAUUUGAUUUUUUCUUCGACAUGAUGGAGAAAAUAAUGGAAGUUUAGAUUCCGGUGGAUAAUUUCCUGGGUUUAUUUUUUCAUUGCAAUAAUAAAAAUACAUGAAAAAAUUUAUUUAAUUUUAUUUCUUUUUUUUCAAGAAAAAAA